UCCUCGUUAGUGUACGACUUACCUGUUGAUAAUCGGCACCGUUGCAGCGUGAGAAAGUAGAGCUUCGGGCCGAGGUGUCGUUCGCGGUAGAUUUCCGGCGAGUCGCGCGACGCCACUGGCCGUCGUUGUCCGUGCGGACGGUUGACACUUUCAUACAGGACGGGAGCCGCUGCCGAACGAUGCGUCCGAAUUCUGCCGUGAGAAUCAGAAAGUAGGGUGCUGUGUGUUGCUGUGGACAUAACCUGCGCGUCGGACUACGAUGCUCGUCGUCGGCGGUGCGCCCUCCGUGGUGUAGCGCGCGCGCUCGAUCAGCUGCUUCCCGGUCGUCUUCUCGGAGGAUGAGUGGAACUCGCGUCACGAUGAGUCCCCGCUCGCGGAAUUAGCCGUUUCCCUCGCGCCCGCUAGUCGCGAUCCCCGUGGUCGAUUUCUCUUCAGGUCGAGUCCUCCGAGAAGAGCAUGGCAAUUCGCGUCACGCUUGAGUAUGGACACGCGUCGAUGGUACGUUCCCAUCUCACUCCCGAGGGCUACACGCACGACUGGGAGGUGUUUGUGCGCGGGGUGGACAAUGCGGAUAUUCAUCAGUACGUUGAUAAAGUGGUGUUCCUCUUGCACGACUCGUUCAGGAAUCCCAAGAGAGUACUGAAGGAACCGCCAUUCGUGGUGAAAGAAUCUGGCUAUGCUGGCUUCCUGAUACCGAUAGAAAUUUAUUUGAAGAAUAAGGAUGAGCCCAAGAAGUUCCAGAUAAUGUACGAUCUCGACCUGCAGCAGAGCGGUCCGCCUGUCAACAAUGUACUACGUCAUAUGGAGGUGAUCAACAAUCCCUCGGAAGAAUUUAAGAAGAAAUUGUUGAAAGGUGGAGGCGUUGUGGUAUCCAGAGAGAUUGUGGCGGAGAAAAGCGACGUGAAGGCAUCCGGGAUGAUCGGCAAGCCGAAGUUGAGCAGCGACUCCAGAAAACAUCGCAUCACUGAGUCGAAGACUUCCAACCCGUUUCACGACUUAUUCGGCCCUCCCAUCAAAACGGCUAAGAUAUCGCCGGACAAUAAGAAGGCGGCGCAGCCGGACAAAAACUCAGUUCCUAAACCGCUAAGUGUUACCGAGAAGCCCGACAAACCGGACAAAACAAUAAAGACGAAGGAGACUCCUCACAAAGACAGCCGGAAAGACAAAGUGGACGAGAAGAAGGACAAGAAGGUCAGAGACAACACUAAGGAUAAGACGAAGAGCAAAGAGAAGCCUAAGCGACCUCCUAGUCCUGGCAAUAGAAGUCACUCGAGUCCGUCUAGCAAAAGACCGGCGUCUCCAGUCCUCACGAAGAAAUCGUCGAGUCCUCUCCCGCCAACCUUGAAGCGACCGCCAUCCCCUAAGCCUAAGGAAAAGGAUCCGAAGAAGAUCGUGCCGGACAAAGAGAAAGAUAGCAAGGAGAAGGACAAGGCGAAGAACAACUCCAAGAACACCAUCGAUUCCUCCAAAUCCGAGAAGAAGAAGGACAAGAAGAAAGACAAGGAGGAUCGAGACAAGGAGCGAAAAGACAAGUACAAGGAGACGGAGAAAGCCAAUGUCAAGGACCUCGCCAAGAUUGUCGAGAAGAAGCCCGAGAAAACGGACAAGGUGGAGAAGCCGGAGAAGGAGAAGCUCCAGGAGUACAAGUCGUCCAGAGACGGCAAAAGGUCUCCGAAACCGGUGAAGGAGAACGAGAAGGUGAAGGACGAAAAAGUGAUCAAAGUCGAUAAGUCGGAGAAGAGCGAGAAGCCGGAGAAGGUGAAGGACGGCAAGAGCGACAAAGACCGGCAGAAGCACAAGCACAAGAAGAAGGACAAGAAAGACAAGAGAGAUAGCAACAAGGAUCGGGAGAAGAAAGAGAAGCGCGAUAAGAGCAAGGAUGGCGGCGAGAAAACGAACAACGUGUCCGUCGCGCCGCUCGCGAACCCGCUGUCGACUCUUCUGGCGGAGAUCCCCGAGAGGGACAGCAGCGACUCGACGCCUUCGGUCGACGAUGACGCCAUGUCCGAGAACAAGUCCUUGCUCGCCGUGAAGAAAGAGACGGAACACGCGGUGACACCCACCGUGCACGUUGACACGGCGAAGCCCUUGUCGCCCGGCAUAUCGCUGGAGAUGAAGAAAGAGAAGAGCGAGCGUAGCCGGAAGGACAAGUCGAAGAGAAGCCGAAGCGAAGAGCGGGAGAGCCGGAAGAAGAAGAGGAGAAGCGAGAGCAAAAGUGACGACAAGAUGAAGCGGGAGAAAGGCGAGCGCGAGCAGUCGGUCUCGCCGCCGCUCGAACCGGUCUCGUCGAGCCAGUCCCCGGUCGCGAUGGACGUCGAUCCGGUCCACCACGUCGAGAAGGAGACGAAGAAGGAGGUGAAGAAGGAGAAGGACGACCGCGAGUCGCAGGCGGUCAAGGAGGAGAAGAACGUGGACGUAGAAGCCGAAGCGCCGGUGGUGCCGGACUCUACCAACACCUCGCUGGUCGACACGGAGCUCAGCGAGCCGCCGGUCUUCUCCGAGGACUACGUGUCGCAACUGAAGGACCUGCAGCAGAAGAUCAUGACCUUGCAGGACAAUCAGGAGCUGCAGAGGGUCGUGCAAGUAAUCGCCGAGACCGGCCAAUACGAGAUCACAAAGAAGACGUUUGACUUUGACCUGUGCGCGCUCGAUCGCAGAACUGUGCAGCGCCUUCAGCAGUUUUUCUCCGCGUCGUGACCAUCUGUAGUGUAAAACGCGAGAGAUACAUUAAUUUAUAUACACACAUAUAUAUAUAUAUACAUAUAUAUA